CAAUAAUAAAUAAACAAGAUGGAAUGGAGGUUGCUGAUAAAAAAAAAUAAAAAUAAAAAAGAGGGAGAUGGAAUGGAGGUUGGUGGCAAGAGCAGCGCAAGGGCUUGCGUUAGACGGCUUGAACUUGCCCAGCAUUGAAUGGAGUUCUGGUCUUGGUGACCAGCUUUGGACGGCAACGCUUGGUUGGUAUAAUUUAUUUAAGGUAGGGAAACGAUCAAGUGGGAAAAGGGUAGUUGUGGUUGGUGGAGACAGAGACUUCGAUGCUGCCUAUUUCAUCAAGCCAUGGUGCAACGUGCGAUCUAUCGACACCAAAAAAGUCAACAUUUCACUCAAAAUGUUCUCCAAAACAUUUUCUAAGGAGAACAAAUUGAUCCCGUUCCAACACCUGCCUUGCCUCUCUAAUGUCACAGGUUAAUUAGAGACAGAAACAUGAUGGAUGACAACAAGGCAUGUUGCCUGUCUGUGGUGCACUUCUACGAUUGGAGAAGCAAGCAACAUAGCUGUUGAAUUAGUGGUCUCCAUCAGCUUUUUGCUGUCAAUCUGUCAUGGGGAUUGGAGAAACUUUUAUUUGGUAUGGGCUGAUAAAUCACCGACUUUAGA